CACACCAGAAAGUGCCUCGUGGCUUUUCAAUUUUUUCUUUAUCAUUUUUUGUUUUCCCUGAGUCCCUAAUUUUUCCAUAAUUCCGGUUUUACCUUGAAGAUGGCACCGAAUGCAACAUUGCAAGAAGAGGAUUCAGCAGGUCCUGAUCUUCUUCAGGAUCACGAUUGGCUGGAGGACGUACCCAGUGGCGGUCCCCUCGAAAAAUACCGUGAGACCGCGUCUUUCUCGUGGAAGCAGAUGAAACUCGUCCUCGAGGAAGUCAAAUCCAUUCGCUUCAAGAGACUGCUCUGGAGGGCGAUGGAAGAGGAUCCGGACUAUCACCCCAUUCCCUCCCAGAAUUUAUCCAGCGACGAGCAAAAAAGAAUAACUGCUAUCCAAUUAGCGAAGAUGGAUUACCUGAAAUUUUUGCCAGGUCUUCUCCAUCGUUCGUACAAAGAGAAAUUGGUAUCUCUACUGGACCUCCACGAAGCUCUGAUUGUCUUCAAGCCAGCUCUAGGUGUAAAAAUGGCGAUGAGCUGUUACAUCUUCGGUAACACUCUCCUGAGUCUGGGUACAGAGAGACAUCUCCCCAUAUACACAAAAGUAUUUAAUAACAAAAUGGUGGGUUGUUUUGCCCUCUCCGAAAUCGGCCACGGAAGCAACACAAAGAUGAUGCGUACGACCUCAACGUACGAUCCAUCAACCAAAGAAUUUGUAAUAAACACUCCAGAUUUUCACGCAGCCAAAUGCUGGGUGGGAAAUCUAGGAAAAACAAGUGUGGUAGCUAUUGUUUUCGCUCAAUUAAUAACCCAGGGUGAGUGCCACGGAUUGAACGCCUUCGUGGUACCCGUGAGAGAUCCCAAGACAUAUCUUCCUUAUCCUGGAAUAAUUGUCGGUGACAUGGGUGACAAAACAGGUGUCCACGGAAUAGACAACGGAUUCAUAAUGUUCAACAACUACAGAAUACCAAAGAACAAUUUAUUAAAUAGAACAGGUGACGUGACACCCGAGGGUGAAUACCAGACAUCAUUCUCGGAUCCUCAAAAAAUUCUCGGUGCAGUCCUCCAAAAUCUCUCAACAGCCCGAAUCGGUAUCAGCGGUGAAUGCGUAAAUAGCAUCGGAAUAGCAUCAACAAUAGCUGUACGAUACGCAGCAGUUCGAAGGCAAUUUUCAUCAUCCCUAGAUAAUAAUGCCACCGAGACCCCAAUCAUCGAAUACGAACUGCACCAAUGGCGAAUAUUUCCCUACAUGGCAGCUGGUGUAGUAACACGUGCAUUCAUGACUGAAUUCUCCCACGACUUCUUCAACAACGUCGACAAGUCAAUGUCAAAUAAAGAAAUAGAAAAUAUAAGAGAAAUCGUUGGUGAACUGCACGCGAUGAUUUCAGCGAUAAAGCCACUGCUGACAUGGACAGCGAAAUCAGCAAUCAGUGAGUGCCGAGAGGCAUGUGGAGGUCAUGGCUAUCACAAAAGUGCUAAAUUAGGUGAUAUGGCUGCUGAUCAUGAGCCAACGGUGACGUACGAGGGUGAUAACAAUGUACUAGCUCAGCAGACGAGUAAUUGGAUUCUCAGGCAGUGGGAAGGAGCUCAAAAGGGGAUAACUGAUGGCAGUCCCCUGGAAUCCAUUAAUUUUAUUUUCAAAGGGGAUGAGAUACUCGAUAGAAAAUUCACUGGGUGUCACGUUGACGAUGUAAUGUCUCUGAAAUUCGUCAGGGAGUCUUACGAGUGGCUCAUCACAUGGCUGACUGUCGAGAUGUCACGUAAAUUUAAAAUAGCUAGAGAUAAAGGAGUCGAUAAUUUUACAGCUAGAACUAGAGCACAAGUUUAUGCUGCAUCCUCUUUGGCAAGAGCUUAUGGAGAGCUCACGGUUAUCAGGUACUGCGUUAUGAGGAUUGAGAGAAUGCUACCACCUGGACAUCAGCUUCAGGCGCUCCAUGGCAUUCUGGAGAAGUGUCUCUUGCUUUAUUCGUUGUUCUGCCUGGAGAAGCAUCUGGCGACCUUUUAUCAGGGCGGUUAUUGCUCUGGACAUCUGAUGGUCGAGAAUAUUCGAAAUGGAAUUUUAAGAUUGUGUGGAGAAUUGAAACCUGAGGCUGUGGCUAUCGUCGAUGCACUAGCUCCACCCGAUUUUCUUGUUAAUUCAGUACUUGGUAUGGCGGAUGGAAAGGUUUAUGAACGUCUUGAAGAGGCUGUCAGGGGGCAUCCGGACUCCGCUGGAAGACCCACGUGGUGGCGAGAGCUAAUUACAGCUGCGGAAAAUCCUAUUCAAUUACCAAAAUCGAAACUCUGACUGAUAUCUAAAUAUUCAGAUCAAUUCCGUUUCAUAUAUUGCACAAUAAUUCACAUAUCUCAAUUUAUCCACCAUUUUAUAUAUAUUUUUAUGAACAAUUCACGCAAUGGAAUAUUGAUUAGUGGCAAUUGUAAUAGAAUUGUUGUUAGUGGUCAGUAUUUUUUUUUUUUUUUUAUGGUAAUUAAUUAUCAUUUUGUAGCUGUUUGUUGCUUAAAUAAUUGUACUAUUAUUGAAAGAGCAGGUCUUUAUGAGUAUUAUUAAAUUUAUUUAAGCAGUGAAUUUUGUUUCUUUAUUUUUUCAUUUCUUUCGUGGGAAAUAUUAUGUCAGUGAAGAAAUUCUGAGGAACUGCUGACACCGGACGUUUGUCGUGUGAUAAAUAUUUUCGUGACACAAUUAUUCGUAAUUACGCAAUAGUUUUUCAGUUUUCUGGGGCUUCCUUCAAAAAAAAUUUGCAAUUUUUCUCAAGGACGUUAUAUGAUUAA